AUGCCGAUGACUACUUUUGUGCUGCCUCAGCGUCGGUUGAACUGCAGGGAGUGUACGCACUUGAUUCUGUUCUCAUCGUGGCACCUCUUUAUCACUGAUGAUAGAGAGAUCUGUGCUACCGCAGGAGCGGCAUGUUGGGAGGAGGAUGGGUCGGGAGGCCCUUGGCGGUACGGUGCCGAUGCCAUAGCCUCGCUGUCCGCUACCAACUUUAGUUCCUUUGCUGUUUUGGACCAGUUCAUAGACAUUCUAUUAAAUCGCAGAGCUUUCGCCAGCGUGGAAAGAAUAACGAUUGCUGGUCACUCUGCUGGUGGGCAGUUUGUGCAACGGUGGUCCUUACUGACAAGAAUGUGGGACGAUCGCUUUCAUGGUGUGGUUGCGAACCCUUCGUCCUACGCUUUUUUAACACCGCUAAGGUCUAUACACGGUAAAUGGCAGCUUCCUUCUACCCGCUGUAACCAAUACAAUCAAUGGGAAUGGGGAGUUGCCGUAGGAGGAAACUAUACGGUACCCUACGUAGAUGGCGUUUUACAUCGGCUCGAUUUGUCGACCUUGAUUCAUCGCUUUGGUAAGCGUUCCAUGUAUUACAUGGUAGGAAGUCAAGACGUGUGUACAGUUCCCGGAAACUCUAAAGGAUGGUGCUCUUCCCACGGCCUUGAAUCAACAUGUAUGGAUCGGAUGCAAGGACGAAAUCGGUGGGAACGAAAUUCUCGUUACAUGGACUCGUUACGUCUGGUCGGUGUUGGGGAAACACAUAACAGGAUUGUUGUCCCGGGAGUGGGGCAUGACCACAGUCUCAUGUUCAAUAGCAAACAAGGUAUAGCAGCUAUAUAUGGUAGCCAUGUCGUCGCAGGAGCGAUGUAA